AUUGAUGAACGACCCGAUCGUAUAGAAAGUCAAUUAUUUCAUAGGAUUUCAUACAGCGAUUGGAUUUUUUCCACAGAAAGAGAGAGAGAGAGUUGUCCGCGAAAUCAGUGGUCAAAUCACCGCAAAAAUCUAGUCUUUUACUAUCACAUACACACACUGUCGACAAUCACUAUUACUUAAGACCUACUUAAGAGGGAAACAAUGCAUCGACAACUGAGACCAUUGCUAUCAAACAUAUUUCGUUGCAAUACAAACAACUCUGUCCGCUAUGAAUCCACUGAACGAGUGGUCACAUUAAUACCGGGCGAUGGUAUCGGACCGGAAAUAUCGGUAGCCGUUCAGCAGAUAUUCUCGGCGGCAAAGGUACCGAUUAUCUGGGAAAAAGUAGAUGUAUCGCCAGUCAAGUAUCCCGACGGCAAGUUUGGUAUACCUCAAAAGGCCAUCGACUCGUUUCUCAAGAAUCGUAUCGGUCUUAAGGGACCAUUGGCUACACCGAUAGGCAAAGGUCAUCGAUCGUUGAAUCUUGAGAUCAGAAAAGUUUUCUCGCUGUACGCCAAUGUUCGGCCAUGUCGUUCAAUUGAAGGACACGAAACACUCUAUGAUAACGUCGAUGUGGUCACCAUUCGGGAGAAUACCGAAGGAGAGUACAGCGGUAUUGAACACGAGAUAACUCCCGGUGUUGUCCAGAGUAUCAAAUUGAUUACCGAAAAAGCCAGUCGAAGAGUGGCUGAAUAUGCAUUUGAAUACGCGAAGUCAAACGGCCGCAAAACUGUCACUUCCGUACAUAAAGCAAACAUCAUGCGUAUGUCCGACGGAUUGUUUCUCAGCUGUUGCCGACAAGUAGCCGAACAACAUCCAGAUAUUAAGUACAAAGAGAUGUAUUUGGACACAGUUUGUCUUAAUAUGGUCCAGGAUCCAUCCAGAUUUGAUGUACUAGUAAUGCCCAACCUUUACGGCGAUAUCUUAAGUGACUUAUGCGCCGGACUUAUCGGCGGCUUAGGUGUGACGCCCAGCGGUAACAUUGGAAAAGAGGGCGCCGUCUUUGAAUCGGUACACGGAACAGCACCCGAUAUUGCCGGCCAAGACAAGGCCAAUCCGACUGCAUUGCUAUUAUCAGCGAUAAUGAUGUUAAGGUAUUUGAAUCUCAAUCCAUACGCCGACAGCAUUGAAAAUGCCUGCUAUAGUGUCAUCAAAGCGAAGAAAGUAUUAACCGGUGAUUUGGGCGGAACAGCCACUUGUAGUCAAUUUACUCAAGAAAUUAUCUCAAAACUUGCAUAAAAAUUACAAUUUUUAAUGUUUUAGAAUUAUUUAUUCAAAUGUGAAAUUCAAUAAUAAUAAUAAUUAGGACAUAUUAUGACAUCAAAUUAAGUGCACAAUUAAAAUUGCAAAUUAAUCAUAAAUAAAUAUAUAUAUACUAGAAAAUCUACCGGGAAUUUCAGCUAAAUUAUACAUAAAAUAAAAACUUAGUCUUAUUUGUUUUUCUUUGUUUGAAUUGGAUUUUAAA